AUGGAGAGCAUGAAGCUGGCCGUAUUGUUGUGGUUUGGGAUCCUCAAGUCUCUAUAUGUUUGUUUACAGCGCUACAGCCCAGGCAGUCACUUGUGGGGUUGUUAUUCAGUCGGAAAAUAUUUGUCUCACCGUUACUUUUGUGUAUGGAUUCAACUUAUUGGAGGAUCGUCAGUGUCUCUGGGAGGGUCUGUGGAGCUUCACGAUUCUACCCCAGUUUCUUGGUUUCCUUGGGCUGUCCUCGGAGACUUCAACCAGAUGAUGCGGACUUCCCAUCAUUCUAACCAUUUGUCCUCUUGGGUUGACGAAGCUGGCAUCGAAGAUGCAAAUCUAUGUCUCCAGGACGCUCAGCUUUUUGAGGCACAUUUUAAGGGGCCUCCUUUUACUUGGAGGAACAGUCAGGAUGAAAACCCCAUUUCUACUAGGAUUGAUCAUGCUCUAAUAAAUCAUCAUUGGAGUACAAAGUUCCCUGAUUCUUUUGCGGAUUUCUUGGACCCGUCGCAGUCUGAACACGCUCCAUGUUUAUUUCGGCUACCUUCAGCAACCCGCCGGGUUUGCAAACCUUUCAAGUUCUAUCAUCAUGUUGUGGAUCAUCCUCAAUAUAAUGAUAUAGUCUCAGGGUCAUGGCAGUGUGAUCAGAUUACCGGUACUAAUCAGUUCAAACUGGUCCGUUCUAUGAAAUUGUUGAAAGGGGGUUUGAAGAGGUUAAAUAAACAGCAUUUCAGUGGAAUCUCUCAAAGGGUUAAGGAUCAGUCGGUGGUUGUAGUGGACCUGCAACGAUCUCUUUUAACCUCACCUGAUAUUGUUACUGCUAGAGAAGAACAUGUUCAAAGACAGAAGUUAAAUGUCCUUCUUACGGCGGAGGAGAAGUUCUACAAGCAACGUUCUAGAGUGAGAUGGGCGGAUGUGGGUGAUCGAAAUACAGUUUUCUAUCAUCGGGUGGUCUCUCAACAUCAGACAAGGAACCACAUACACUAUCUAAAGGAUGAAUCUGAUCACUUGUACCUUACUACUGAUGAUAUCAAAUCACAUUCAGCUGCUUAUUUUCAGAGCAUUCUUGGCAAUACUGAUCUACCUAUUUCAUCAGCGACGAUUCCUGACCUGUAG